CCCCCCCGCCGGCACCAUUCCCUCCCCCGGGCGCCAGCGCGCCCCGGCCGGGCGGCGGCUCAGCCUGGGCCGGAAAACUUUGCUGGCGGCCGCGGCGGGGGUGGUGAUGGUACUGGUGCUGGUGGUGCUCAUCCCGGUGCUGGUGAGCUCCGCCGGUACCGACGGCCGGUACGAGAUGCUGGGCACCUGCCGGAUGGUCUGCGAGCCCUACGGCCCCGCCGCCCCCCCGCAACCGGCCGAGCGCGGCCCCCUCCCGCCGCCCUCCACCCUGGUGCAAGGUCCCCAAGGCAAACCGGGGAGACCGGGGAAACCGGGACCACCGGGACCGCCCGGAGAACCGGGACCGCCGGGGCCGGUGGGGGCGAGGGGUGAAGCAGGAAGACCGGGACCCCCGGGAUUGCCGGGACCGGGGGCUACGGGCGCGGUGAGCGCGGCCACCUACAGCACCGUGCCGCGGGUCGCCUUCUACGCCGGCCUCAAGAACCCCCACGAGGGCUACGAGGUUCUCAAGUUCGACGACGUGGUCACCAACCUGGGCAACAGCUACGACGCCGCCUCGGGCAAGUUCACCUGCGCCAUCCCCGGCACCUACUUCUUCACCUACCACGUCCUCAUGCGCGGCGGCGACGGCACCAGCAUGUGGGCCGACCUCUGCAAGAACGGGCAGGUCCGGGCCAGCGCCAUCGCACAGGACGCCGACCAGAACUACGACUACGCCAGCAACAGCGUCAUCCUGCACCUGGACGCGGGGGACGAGGUCUUCAUCAAGCUGGACGGGGGCAAAGCGCACGGUGGCAACAACAACAAGUACAGCACCUUCUCCGGCUUCAUCAUCUACUCGGACUGAGCCCGGAGCCGCGGCACCGCCCCCGGUGCCCCCCGCACCCGCCCAGCCCCCCGGCACCGCCCCGGCAUCCCCCGCAGUGACCCCCCAGCCCCACGGCAUCCCCGUGCCGUGGUUUGGUUCCCUGCUGUCCCCAGCUCCCCUCGCUCCUGCCCAGCCUCACGGCGCCCCCCGCCACCGUCCAGCCCGCGGAUUCCCCCUCCCCGCGCUCCCGGCUGCCUUCGGUGCCCAGAAUUUCCCCUUUUUCCUGAGCUCACACCAAGGCUGCCAUUCGAGGGCUUGGGGUUGCGGAGGGUUGGGGACGGCAAGAGGCUGGGGGUGCCCCCCGCGCUGCCCCACGGCACCCCCAUCCCCGGCUGUGCCCCCCUUGUCCCGCCCCUGCUCUCUGCCCGCCCCGGGGCGGUGCCGGGGUCUCGGGGGGGUCCGGCUGUACAGACGCGCAGUGUCCGCACGGCCCCGGGCCGGGGGCUGUGCGGGGCCGGGGGGAGCCGCCGUCCUGCCUCCCCGCCGGGGUGACAACAUGGUAAAGCAGAGCUGUGAUCUC